AUGGACCUUGGUGCUGACCACCAACAGGGUAGUGUUCCCCAAAACGUUAAAGAAAAGGGUAGUAAGGGAUUUCUUCUCUGUGCUGAGGGGGAUGAUAUUCUGAUUAGUGAUUUUGGGAGGAAACUGGACAUGAGUAUGCUUGUGGGGAUAUGCUCGAACCGCGAGAAUCUGAUAUACCUUGAAACUUCUAAGAAGAGAGAUAGGAUAAAUUUGCUUGCCCAUUUGGCUGCUGAAGAAGCUCUGAGAGCUGAAGAAAUGGCUGUGGCCGAUGUAAUUCCUCCAGUGUCUGCCUCAAAAAAUGAACAUCAUGAGUGUGCUAGGUGCUCUGCUCCAGCCAGAACUCGCUGCUCCAAAUGCAAAUCUGUUAGAUAUUGCUCUGGAAAUUGUCAAAUAAUCCAUUGGAGGCUAGUUCACAAGCAAGAAUGCCAGCAACUGGAACCUCAUAAAUCAAGCUCAUUUCCUAUGGCUGUUUCAGUUGAGGAAUUUGGUCAUGGGAGUUACUUUUAUGAAAAUUUGAACAGCCAGUUGUUAGCUCCCAAUUUCAAGCAGACUUUGAGGGAGAGUGCACCUAUGGGCAAUUUGGUUCACCCUUUGGCUGCCACUGCUGCUCCUGCUACAGCUGAUUUUUCCCUAUUUAAUAAUUUUCAACCUUCUACUUUUGAAAGAACUUCCCAUAAAUCCAACAGAGAAACACAGAGAAGAGAUAAUGGGUCUGUAUAUGAAUCUUCUAUUGAAUCUUCUGAUUAUAAAGCUACAAGUUGUCUCCCAAGUGUGGUAUCAAAGGAUGCAUUUAUGAGACAGAAGUCAAGAAAUAGCAAUGAUUCUGUGUUGGAUGAAGAAAUUUCAAAUGUCAGUUCUGGUGGCUUUGGAGUUUACGUUAACAGACUUGAUGCAUCAAGAAACACAAUUCAUGAGGAUGAAAACCAUCAAAGUCAAUAUGGAAAUGCAUUUGUAACAAGAAACAAUUAUGUAUGCCCAAGUGUGUCAAGUGCAGCAAACAAUGACAACAGUGUUGAUGAAUUUCUAACUGACGUCGCCACUAAAGGUGUUAAUGUAGUCAAAGGUGUAAAUUAUCAUUCUGAGGAAGCAGCACAACACAAACGCUCUUCUGAAAUGACAAUCAAAGGAAGCAUGAAAGCUAAAAAGAUGAUGCAUACUCCCAAGACUCAAUCUUCUAAAUCACCAAAGUCAACAUCAAAGACAUCGACAGAUUUUUGUUGCUCAGAACUAGAGAAGAAAGGGAAAACUGCAGAUGAACCAAAAGUUGCUAGCAUUGGUGAUAGCAUCCCUUUAUAUGGUAAUGGUAGCAAUGGAGCUGCUGGUACUGUAAUUAUGAAAAUGAUGGGCUUGAGGAAAUCAACCAAACCCUCUCCUCUGGCCUCUACAGAAGGCAUUGAUGUAAAGCUCAAGAAGGUGAAGAAGAUAAAGAUGUUGUUUCCUUAUGAUGAAUUUGUGAAGAUUUUCCAAAGUGAUAUCUUUGGCAUAUUCCCCAGGGGCCUCUUAAAUUGUGGGAACAGUUGCUAUGCCAAUGCUGUCUUGCAGUGCUUAACUUCUACAAAGCCUCUUGUUGUCUAUCUGCUUUAUAGAUCUCACUCAAAAGCCUGUUGUGCUAAAGAUUGGUGUCUCAUGUGUGAGUUAGAGCAACACAUAAUGAUUUUAAGAGAAAAUGGGGCUCCUCUAUCCCCAAGUAGGAUACUUUGGCAUAUGCGGAGCAUUAACUGUCAAAUGGGGGAAGGAAGUCAGGAAGAUGCCCAUGAAUUUUUAAGGCUUCUAAUUGCAUCAAUGCAAUCUAUAUGUCUGGAGGGACUUGGUGGUGAGAAAAAGGUUGAUCCUAGACUACAAGAAACAACUUUCAUACAACAUACUUUUGGUGGUCGACUUCAAUCCAAGGUUAAGUGUUUGAAUUGUAAUCAUGAGUCAGAAAGGUAUGAGAACAUUAUGGACCUGACGUUGGAGAUAUUGGGUUGGGUUGAGUCAUUGGAAGAUGCACUGACUCAGUUCACUUCCCCAGAAGAUUUGGAUGGAGAGAAUAUGUACAGAUGUGGAAGGUGCACAGCAUAUGUUCGAGCUAGAAAGCAACUUAGCAUACAUGAGGCUCCUAACAUCCUGACUAUUGUUUUGAAGAGAUUUCAGGAAGGAAGAUAUGGGAAAAUUAACAAGUGUAUAACGUUUCCUGAAAUGCUGGAUAUGAUUCCAUUCAUGACUGGGACGGGUGAUAUUCCACCACUUUACAUGCUUUAUGCUGUUGUUGUGCACCUGGACACACUAAAUGCAUCUUUCUCUGGACACUAUGUUUCAUAUGUUAAAGAUCUGCAAGGCAAUUGGUUCAGGAUAGAUGAUACUGAGGUUCAGCCAGUGCUAAUUAAUCAGGUCAUGUCAGAAGGAGCAUAUAUCUUAUUCUAUAUGAGGUCUUGUCCCCGUCCUCCAGUGGAACAUACAGGGAAAGCCACACCACAAUCAGUUUAUGAUUCUUCAAAGCACAAUGCAAUGGAAAUGCAGAAGCCUAAACCCGGACAUGGAAGGCAUGGCAGCCAGUGUUUUGUCCCAGAACCGUCACCCAAUGGCAGGCCAGAAAUUGCAACUUGCAUUAUUGACACCACUAAUGGCUUCCUCAGAAAGAGCACCAAUAGGAAUGCCCUGCCAGUGACACAAACAUAUGCUGACAACGUCAGGCACGAGUUUUCAGACGCCACAUCAAGCGACUGGUCCCUUUUCACAAGCUCUGAUGAGGCUUCUUUCACAACUGAGAGCACCAGGGACUCCUUCAGCACCGUAGACUAUGGUGAUUCAUGUAACAUGGAUCCAAUUUCAUCUAUCUUCAACUACACCCCUGAAAAGUCCUACAUGAAGUUUUCACAUAGUAGGCCAGUUACCAGGGUCUUUCCUGGAAAGGGUCAUGUUGAACAAGUACAGAGAAUAGAUCACUCUAAAAGGGUAAGCCAUUCUUCAAAUGAACAUCCUCCAAAUGGGAAUUGUGGCAUGUAUGUAUACAAUGGGAGUAAUACCCGGACUUCUAGUUAG